CUUCUCGACAUUUCGCCGCGCGCCACCGUCUAGGCGGACGAAUCUCUCUCCCCCGCGCGGUCUAUUUAUAGAAAGACGGGUCCUUCCUCUUGGGGGGAGAGACGCCGCCGCGCUUCGUUCUUAUUUUAACCGUCGCGCUCGGAGCCUGGAAGAUGCUCUCUACGCAAAUAUCCUCGGAGACGUCGGGAAUCGAAGUAUUCGUUUGACAAAAGUCCGGCCGGACAGCGCCCACGCCAAACUCUUUCUUAAUUAACCGGAAAAAUAAAAAGUCGGUCCCGUUGGGAAUCGAAGGUCGGAGGUCGAGUAAUGAAACGAUGAACUUGGGCUAUCUCUGGCUUUGUUUACUCGGACGGGAUCGGGUGUCCGUUAACCGCCGAAUUUCUCCGCCACCGGUUUUAUUAUCGUUUACCGACUUUAAUUACUCGCCAUUUGUCGGCAGAAAGAAACAUACAAUAAUUUGUAAAUGUAAGCUUACUCGGCCGUAAGACUUUAUCCCGGCCACCGUUAAUUUAAAUGUCCGGAUUGCCGACGUCGUCCUUAAAAUAAUUACUUAAAUAUUACUACGAAUAAAAAUCUAAGUUUGUCCCGGUCUAAAUAUAGCGAUUUUGCCAGUUUUAUCGUCUCUGUCAGUUGGGAAGGAGUCGAUUUCCGGUUUUCGCCGCCAAACUCUCGCUCCGGAAAAUUUCCGCUUAAAAUUGUAGAAAGUCUCGCAAAUACCGAGAAAAUCGAUUUUAAUCGGGCAAAAAUUGCCCACCCGAAUUCGAUUCCGGGUUUAUCGGAACGGCCGUCCGGCUUUAGAAGGAUUUCUUUAGUCGGUCGCUAUUUUCCAGUCUUCGGAAUUCGUUACUCCGAAAGUCUGCCAUUCGUCGCCGGACUAUAACGUAGCCGGGACCACGGUUGUAACGACGGGCGAUAGAGACGACUCGGAAACGUCCAGCCAUACAGUGGCCGUGGGGUUUAACUCCCGUCUUACGAAUAGGAACUGGGGAAAACCCGACCGUUCUGUUUUUCCUCGUUAUUCUAUCGUUUUUUCGGUUCCUUCGGCCAGGGCCGGACCGAAAACUAUUAUGUGACCGUUCCGCGCCACGUAAACGUAUUAUUGAAAAUGGGCACUCCCGAUUAGUAGGUGUCCAUUCUUCGAGGGAUUUUAAUUAAUUUUUGGCGCGUUCUUCCGGUUACAUUUUCCACGGUUCCGAAAAGACGGCGCCGAAUCCGACGUCCACUAAAUUUACAGUCGGAAGAUCCUAGACGUGGCUGGGGCGGACGGGAUGGAUAAAUUCUCCCUCGGAGCUUUCGAUAAUCGGGACGAAAAGAACGUGUACUUUCGGAUUGGGAAUUUACGUGUAAAUAACAGAAAGAGCAGUUUCUGCCCUAAACUAUUAACCCAGGCCCCGGAUGGCGUUUUCUCUCCGUCGAAUAAGGGCUGUUUCACACUAUGACCGACUGGCCGGACUCCGAGUCGUGUUGCCAUGGCAACAGCAGUCUGCCGACCGACUAGUCGUUUCAGUCGGACAGAUUUGAAAAGUUAAAUAUUUGUAGUCGGUUCGGAGCAGUCGGUGAGCUACGGCCAAUGAGAGCUUCGAAGCUAUAACCAAUCAGAGUUUAGAUUUAUCCAAUCUACGUCGAAGUUAGAAAAUGGCGGAAAGUAUAGAUUUCUCGGAAGCUUUAAUAAACGAAGUCAGAACAUAUCCGUGCCUUUAUGAUAUUCGGCCAGCCGAUUAUAAAGACAACAUAAAAAAAUAAUUCUUUGUCGGAGAUUUUCAAGAAACUAAACGUUGUAGGUAUGUGAUUGACUAAUCUAAUAAUGACGCGAUAUAUCUAAAUUCACGAUCGCUUUCCGUGACGGCCAUGUUUUCUGUUUAAUUUAAAAAACUUACCACGAUUGGCUAGUGUAUUGAUCUAUAACACGCGUUCUGAUUGGUCCUUAUGAGUCGGCCACCGACGUAUAAUCGUAUUUAGUGUGAAUGCUUUUACUACUAGUCGGUCCGAUUAUAAAAUCGGUCGGGUCGGUCAUAGUGUGAAACAGCCCUAAUCCGAGAGGGACUCUCGCGGACACAAGGAAUAUUAAAACCCGAUCCGCUACCGCCAGAGAAAAUUCUGGCUGUUAAAGAAUUACGUAGCGAAGAAAACUAAGAUUAAAACCGGUUAAACUUUUCUAGGUCCGACUGCUUAUUUAUAUCGUUUUUGCGUAAGCUGUUCUUCGUUCGUUUCUCCAACCGGCCGCCAUCGUUUUUUGUUCGACACGAAAAACUUAAAAAUGAUUCUUCGCUUCGGACUAAGAAAAUAAUAAUAAUAAAAUCGACGACUAAUUGGAAGGAAUAAAAAUCAUUUUUACAUUUUAAAAAUAUUCUUUUAUCCAUCGAUUAGUCGUUUUGGUGAAUAUCGAAACUCGGCCAGCGUGUCGAUUCUCGGAUCCCGACUUUCGAUCACCGCGCGAUCCUUACUUUAUUUUGUACAGGCUACUUUUAAAACUGGAAAUAAAAAAUGUCCAAAAUGCUAAUUUAUUUCCGGAAUGGACAAUUUCGACCAAUCUCCCUUAUACCUUAUUCGUUUGACGUUAUCUCGAAAGACACUCCAACUGCCGAGCAUCGAAGCGCGUAUCAAAUAUAACGCCCGCCAACGGAUGCAAAUUAGUAGUGACGUGACGCCCAGCGAGUUACGUGUUCCGACCAGUUUUGUUCCCGUCGACAGUUUUUCAUCCGCUUCUAUCGAACUUCGAAGAAGAAUAUCGCGUACAAAACGAGCGAGUGACGUCACGCGUUGUCAGCUGAGGCCUGUUGCUGUUGGAAAAUGGCAGCGGACGACGGGAGGAGGAAGGAUGGAGUGUUUGUCGAGGAAGUGUCGGUUACCGACCAUAACACGAAAGAAUCGGGUAUACCGAAUGGCGAGGACGAAGACGAGAGUUCACACGUGCCAUUAAAUACAAGCUGGACUUUCUGGUUAGACAAAACCGAAAGAGGCGCAUCGUUUUCCGAGUACGAAGCAAAUUUGAGAAAGAUAUAUACUGUUUCUACGGUACAGAGAUUUUGGAGCGUGUAUAAUAACAUACCAGUUAUCAACGAAGUUGGCGAAAAAUACGGUUACUUACUGAUGAGAGACGAGCGCAGGCCGCUCUGGGAAGACGACAAGAAUCGACGGGGAGGAACUUGGAGGUUGAAGAUUUCCAAACGGGACUCGCUAGCCGUAUGGAAAGAACUGUUGUUAGCUGCCAUCGGCGAACAGUUUACGGAUCACGUGGCACCAGGGGACGAGAUUUGCGGAGUGAGCAUCAGUAUUCGUGAGAAAGAGGACUUGGUCCAGAUUUGGAACGUAAAUUCUGCGCUGGCGGAAAAAGCCACGGUGAUGACAAAAGUACGAGAACUUCUGCCUAACGUUAUCUUUCUCGCCGAAUUUUAUAAGCCUCACGUGACUCAUCACGCUUACGAAGGAGAGAGAAUAACUUCUUGAAAUCAAGAAAACAAUAUCUAAACAUUUAUACAUAAGUGUUAACCGAUGUAAAUGUUGGAAGAGUAGGAGCAUCUUCCAAUCUAGUUGGAAAAGAUUAUUUAAAAAAUAUAUAAAGACCAGCCGGAUCUUCCGAAUGAGGAAGACGACGACACAAAAAACGUUCUUCCUAAGCUCAAAAAUAAUAAUUUCUUUUUUGUUUAUAUCGGAAAAUCGACAUAUUUCAAUCUUAAUAUUUUUCCUAAGUGCAAAUACAGGAGUUGAGAUUUUCGAACGACGCGGUUAAAUCGUUACGAAACGAUAACUUUCGAGGUAUCGGAUGUUUAAGAAUUCCAUUUCUCGAGUUUUGCGAGUCAUUUAUCACUAUUUUGUAAAAUGUUUGUCUCGAUGAUAUCAGGAAAAUGACGCGCUUAAAACAAAAUAAGUGCCAUAAUUUAUCAUUUGAUUAUCCUCGUCGAUUCGGGCACUUAAAAACUCAUUUGUGAUCCUUAUAUCCAGGUGCCAAUAGUUGUUGUUUAUUAUUAUUAUUAAUUAUUUUCGUUAUGUUAAACAUUUCGAAGAAUCUAAAAAUAGAUACGCCAAGUUUCAACAAUGUAUUUUUCAUUGUUUUACGAGUGAUAAAUCCAGUCAAUACAUAUGUAAAUAUAUAAAUUGUUUUAUCUACUAUUAGUUUAUUUUUUCAUUACUUCGACAUUAUAAAUGAUUUAAAGAAACAGCAAAAGUUCCCUCGAACGUGCUCUUAUUACUGUAAAUAAUUUUCUUCCUUUUUAAAUUUACCUUUUAAAAAAAAGGGUAAAAAAGUUUUUUUUUAGAUUGUGAAAAUUACAAUCUUGAGAUUGUCGGCGAAUGAAUAGUGAAAAAAAUUUAAAAAAAAAAAAA